GGUAUCCAAACGUAUUGUAAUCGAUUAUCGUACGCAGUAAAGGAUCCGAACGCAUUGUAGCAACCGCAGACCAGUGUUUAUAGUAAAGGAUACGACGAACGCAUUGUAGUGGGCUAUCGUACGCAUUGUAAUAUUAUAUAAACUGACGAAAAGAAGCAUUUAUCUUAAUGCAGUGACAAGCACAUUUUAGAAGCGUCAUUAAGGAACCCAAACGCACAUGGAAACUGUGUCAUCAGUAGACCUACUUCGCUAAACAUAACAGCGAAAUUGUUCAGUUGUUAAUCAUGUACUUUAAUCCGCGAUAGAGUGACAAGGGGAGUGUAAUUCACGGCGACGCAGAUUAUGAAAUAUUGCUGCAGAUAAUGCGGAAACAGGCUCAUGUAACUCUUUGUAUAAAUGCACAAUAAACGAGGAUCACAUUGUAAUCAACGUAUAGCGCUACAAGGUGUUUGCUUACAAGGAGAUAACCCUUCAGCUAGGCCAUAAAAUAAAAUUAUGACGCGACGCCGGAAACAAAUACGGCAAAGCCAACACCAUCAGAAGUAACCAGACCUCGGAAUUAUUACUUUAAUAUAUCAUUUUUAUGGACGUUACGGACACAUGAUUUUGGCCAGGCCGUCGGCAAUUAGGAUAACGAUCGUGAUCCAUGGUCAACAAAGAAUAUGGCGAGUAGAGACGAUGGAUGAAAAAAUGCCACUCGCAUUAGCUAGUAGCAAAGCAAAAGGAAUGGUGUUUCAAAAUGUUGUUUCUGACACUAAUAGCACCACAGCGUCAAUAACAGACUCAAAACAGUUCUGGUAUGGACUCGGAAUUGCCAUUCCGAUAUCUUGCGCAGUUCUUGCAAUUAUCUUACUUUGCUGUUGUGGCUGUUUACGGAAGCUCUGCAUGAGGAUUUGUAAACUUAAAACAUCUUCAGAGGGAAGUGACACAAAUACAGAAACUGUUGAUAUUGAUGUAGCGGACGAACCGGAUGAGAAUUUGAACACGUCACCACCCGCUCCGGGUGGGGCAAUCGUCAAUCCUGUCUUCCAAUCAGAUUGCGACACGUUGAUGGAGGGGGCGACUGGCGCUACUGCCAUCUGAAGGAUGUAAUGAGCAAAAACAGGUGACAACGCGAACUUGGAUCAUUUCUGGGAUAUUUGGCGAUCGUUUUGCCCGAUAUGGAAUUUUGCGACACACAACAGUGGGAUGAGGUCGAAAUAAUCCAAAUUGAAGAAUACGAUAGUCUAGUAUGUCAAGUGACUUGAAUUCGAAAUGGCCACAAAAAUUGCAAUUGCGUGGAACCAUGGAUAAUACCACAGGUUGUCUUUGCAAAAUUGCAAUUUUCAGAAAUGCAACGCGACCCAAAAUAAAACCAAGCAUGGUCUCGGGUUAACAAAAAAUAUUUGCGUCACCUUACUAUUGAAAUGGGUGAAAUUGAGAACCCUUCCAAAAAAGAUGCCCAAUCACAGUACUAGAUCAUGAACCUUCACACGGCAGAUUCAACGAUCUAUUGCGAAGUAUAUGUUCGGAUGACGGAAAUCAAAGGAACGAGAGAUGCCGAAAGCUAUGAACGCAGUGGACCAGAUGACUAAACU